AUUAACACACACGUUUAUAAACAAGUAACACAACCGCACCCACAAUACAAUGCCGCGUGUUGUUUCUCCCGAGUAAUCACCGAGCACUCCCAAAUAUCUCCGUAACAACCAGUGGCCCAAAGAUGCCACGAAGUGUCUCAAGUAUCCCUGAGAAAUCGAUAAAUUCCCCCGUUUGAUUGUCAAAAUCGGCGAAAUGUUAAUCUGUCAUUCGAAACGUCUCUGACAUCACGUUCACCCGAGUGUUGACUCAGGCCCUCAUUGUUCACCUGUCAAGAAUGCAGGGUUAUUCGGUCGGAUCGAGCGUUUCUUGAAGCAAAGUCAUCAGGAAACUCCAUCAGUUCAGCGUUUUUAAAGUGAAAAUGAUUUUACUCUGGGUGAUUUUGAUAACCUGCGGGGGGUUAUCAAGUUGCCAGGAUUACUUGGGGUGUUAUAAGGCACCUGCAGGUGAUAACGACGCCUUCUCUGCUUUGAAUCGUGCCAGUGCACCCACGGAGUGUAUUGAAGAGUGCAAAAGACAUUAUUACAUGUACGCAGGCUUGAUGAGCGGUCAGCAAUGCUACUGCCUGAGCGGUUACGGUCGCGACGGACCGUCAAACGGUUGCACAAUCCCCUGCGCCACCGAGCCCUCCUCUUUCUGUGGCUCCCACGAUGCCAUCAGCAUCUACGCGACCAACCAGCGCGGUCCCUCCCCCCCGCGUCACCUCCAAGUAACAAAAACCGCGUCCUCCUCUCUGCAUAUCACCUGGGAACCCCCGAACAUCCCGAACGGUAACGUGACAUCCUACGUAAUCCGCGUGAAUCCCGUGAAAACCCACUCGCCGCGUCUGCUGCUACCGACGCAGUCCCAGGUCCAGGGUGGCUCCUCCGACAGUACAAUCCUGACUGGUCUCCACCCUGGCUCGACCUACAACAUCUCCAUGACCGCGCUGAACCCCGAAGGGGAGUCGGACCCCAUCUCAAUCCUCGAGGAGACCGCCCUGGGCCCCCCGAACCCCCCAGAGACGCCCAAAAUCUUGGACAGAACCGCGUCAACAAUUACUCUGGAGCUCUCCAAAGGCUCCAGUGAAAACGGACCCUUAACGGCCUACCAGAUCCUCGUGGUCUACCCCGGGACGAUCCCCCCUGCGAGACCUAACGAAUCCUUUCCGAACUACUCUCAAGCCAUCAGAGACAACACCCCCUACUACGUAACAGCCGAGUUCGAAGCCUCGGACUUCGCGAAAAACCAAAAAUUCGUCGUCGGGGACGGAAGAAAAAUAAACUCUUAUUACAACGCGCCCUUGGAGAAGCCCUUCGACGCCCCCCAGAUCGGUCUCGUCGCGGUCUCCAGGACGAGAACGGCGUCGUUGUACAGCUACUCAGGCCUCACUGAGAACAUGAUGAAUGCCUCGAGGAACGGAGGGAAUGGAAUUGCUGUGUUCCUGUGGGUGGCGAUCGUCUUCUUGAGCCUGCUGCUGGCAGCUUCCAUCUUUGUGUACCUCGUCCUGCGGAGGAGGUACGCCGGCCGAAUGGGUAAGCUCCCAGAGCAGCAGGAGUUGACCCUCCAGGGGCCGAUGUACGAGGUCGAUAACAUGGCUUACAUCCCAGAGGACGUGCCAGAACGACCGAAUCACUACCAGGACCUGAAGAAAAAGGUCUGGAGCAUUCCCAAGAACUUUCUCAAUGUCGACUACCAGUUGGUGGUGAAAAGGGGGCGAUUUGGGACAAUUUACAAGGGAACGGUUCAGGAUAAGAACGGGGUCUUGUCGGAGGCGGUUAUUCACUGCAUAUCCGAUGUGAACCUCAGGCCUUCUGAGAAGAAGCACAUGCUGAGAGAUCUUGAUGUCUGCAUCAAGACUGGGAGCAUGAAGUACUUGGCCGGGUUUGUGGGGAAUUGCGAGACUCCAGAGACACUUUAUAUCGUCCUGGAGGCGACUCCUGACACCUUGAAGAAUAGAUUAUUAGCUGCGAGGGUCGGGCAGGUCUUCCCUUAUGAGCAGAUACUUCCUAUUGGAUCGGGCAUUGCUCAGGGGCUGGCUUAUCUCGAGGCUCACAAGGUCAUUCACUCGCAUCUCUGUGCCAGGAGCAUUGGCUUGACUAGUGACUAUGUGCCUAAGAUAGGGGGUUUUGGGAUUGGGAAACAUUCAAUUGAGGAUGUUAAGUUGGCUAGGUGGACAGCGCCUGAACGGUUUGGGCAUAAGAAGCAUAUUGGGGGGGUCGUUUGGGCGUUUGGGGUCGUUGUUUGGGAGAUGAUGAGCAUGGGGGGCACACCGUACAGCGAUCUUGAGGAUGAGUGCGAUGUGGAGGCGGCUGUGGUGGAACAGGAUGUCAGGCUGCCGCAGCUCAGGGACAUGCCGGAUCCUUUGUAUGAGGUGCUCGUCUCGUGCUGGAUGGUCGAUCCUGAGGAGCGACCCAUUUUUGAUGAGCUCGCAAGACUGAAUACACUGAGCAUCUGUCCCAUCACAGCCAUCACCGAACCAUACCUAGCGGAACUGGAAUUGAAUUAAAACUCGUUUCCCCAGGAGAGGAAGGGGCACAAGCGCAGAAAUUGUUUCGUUAAAAAAAAUAAUGGAGCUCUGACUGCGCUUAUUUUGUAUCAUAUUUCCAACUUACUCGGCUUACAAGGUCGUGUACCUUCAGACGUUCAGUUACCAAGCACAAAAAUUUCAUUAACUAAAGAACGAAGUUUCGAGGAAUCACUAGAUCUCUGAGCCAAUUGUUUUCGGUCCUCUAGGGUUUAUUUUAUUUUGUAUAUUUACGAGGCGUUCAGGCUCAAAUUGCGAUUAUUUCCGUCCAUUUUACUUAAUCAGUCAUAAUUAGUACAUUUUUUGAUGUAGUUAUGAUUUUUUAAUUUUUUUCUUGCGAAGAGAUAGAGUAGAUGUUUUUCUAUGGUUUUUUUAAUACUGACACAGUGUUUUUAAUUCAAUCAAUUUUAUUCAUCGAACAAUAACGCUCUUUUCAUCGAGAUUUUCACUUUGUCACGCAUCACAUGAGUGCUUUCAUGUAUUGAAAAAAAGUAAUCUCAUGAUCACCAAAGUACAAAACAAUUUGGCGACAAAUACAAUUGAAAAAGCAGAGCUACUUGAUAUCAGUCGAUAUCAAACGUUCAAAGCAGCUGAUGAAUAUCGGUAUUCAUAAGUUGGUCCCGAUAAUUCUAAAGAUUAGAAAAUAUUGAAUACUUUUUUAUAAUAAAAAAAGAUCACUGAUGUUGUUUAAUAUCACUGUGAUAUUUUCUCAUCAAUUGUAAGAUAAUUAAGUCUUAGCAUUAAUCGCAGGUUUUAUUGUAUACGAAUUCGUCGGAUUAUAAUUAGGACUGCAAUUGCUUGACAUGCAAUUUCAAUCCAAAGAUCUUAUCUCCUCAUCAGUAUUUUUAGAAUACACUUAAAACUACACGAGGGAGUGUAUUUUUGAAUUGAGAAUUUGAUACUUUUUCAGUCGAGAAUACGAGAAUUCUCAAUUUAGGAGUAAUCGUGCUUGAUUCAGGAAUUUUUUCUCAGAAUUCUUGAGUCAUCGACUUUUUAGUAUUGAAGGAAGAAUAUGAUUCCUGGAAUUCAGCUUUAGGCUCCCCAUUUAAUCCUUCAAACGAGACGAUUAAACCUCAAAGGCAAAAAGUUUUAUUCUUGAAUUCAGAAUCGUCAGUCUUGAAUUGAAAACAUUCUAUCAAUCAUGAAGAAUAUUGCCUUUUGAAGCUAGAAUAUUCAAUUUUAGUAGCAAUUCUAUUCAUUUUUUAAUCCAGAAUAUUUUAUUCUUCAAAGCAAACUAUUGAAUACUUCAUACGUGAAGUAAGACAUCAAGAAAGAAGAUAUUCAUUAUGGCAUCGAUUCGUGAAGGCAAAAUAUUUUAUUCUCCAAUCAAAGCCAACAAUUCUUGACCUAAGAAUAUUUUCCUCAAACUCAAAAUAUUCCUCAUCUAACCAGGCAACAAAUCUCACAUUAACAAUCUCAAAAUCCUCAAUCAAAGCCUACAAAAAUUCCUAAAUCAACUAUAAAAUUCUGAAUUCAAAAUUAUUUCUCCCCUUCUGUACAUUCACUAUUUACACUCUUCCUCGCCCCAAUCGCUAGCUCCUUCCCGCUCACUUUGAGUUUACAAAAGUUAAUUAUUCCCGAAACUACACGAGAUUCCGUCGUAAAAAAAUAAAAAAUUGAUCAAUAGAAGAA